AAAAGAUGAAAAAGAAUAUGCACUGAAGCAAAUUGAAGGUACAGGGAUAUCCAUGUCAGCCUGUAGAGAGAUUGCACUUUUACGAGAGCUGAAGCACCCCAACGUGAUUGCGUUACAGAAGGUUUUCCUUUCUCACAGCGACAGAAAGGUUUGGCUCCUGUUUGACUAUGCUGAACACGAUUUGUGGCAUAUUAUCAAGUUUCACCGUGCCUCAAAAGCAAAUAAAAAGCCCAUGCAGUUGCCAAGAUCUAUGGUUAAAUCACUGCUUUACCAGAUUCUUGAUGGAAUCCAUUACCUCCAUGCAAACUGGGUGCUUCAUAGAGAUCUGAAACCAGCAAACAUUCUGGUAAUGGGUGAAGGUCCAGAAAGAGGAAGAGUCAAAAUAGCUGAUAUGGGUUUUGCCAGAUUGUUCAAUUCACCUUUGAAGCCAUUGGCAGACUUGGAUCCAGUUGUGGUGACAUUCUGGUACAGAGCUCCAGAGCUGUUACUUGGAGCCCGGCAUUACACAAAGGCCAUUGAUAUUUGGGCAAUUGGCUGUAUAUUUGCUGAACUGUUGACUUCGGAACCUAUAUUUCACUGUCGUCAGGAGGACAUCAAAACAAGUAACCCUUUUCAUCAUGAUCAGCUAGAUCGCAUUUUCAGUGUAAUGGGAUUCCCUGCAGAUAAAGAUUGGGAAGACAUAAGAAAGAUGCCUGAAUAUCCAACUCUUCAAAAAGAUUUUAGAAGAACAACAUAUGCCAAUAGUAGCCUCAUAAAAUACAUGGAGAAACACAAAGUCAAGCCUGACAGCAAAGUUUUCCUUUUGCUUCAGAAACUUCUUACUAUGGACCCUACGAAGAGAAUUACCUCAGAGCAGGCUUUGCAGGACCCCUACUUUCAAGAGGAUCCUCUGCCUACAUCAGAUGUAUUUGCUGGCUGCCAGAUUCCAUAUCCUAAACGGGAAUUCCUCAAUGAAGAUGAACCUGAAGAGAAAGGGGACAAGGCAAGAAUGUCUCAGAACUGCUUCACAGCAAGAGUAAAAGUAUCACAUGACUUUGGGGUGUCUUGGGUCAUAUUACCAGCACAGUUAGUCCUGACCUAUGGGGAACAGCAGAACAGCACCCAGACCAACGGCACGGCCGGCGGCGCCGGCGCGGGAGGAGGGGGCGCUGGCACGGGACUCCAGCACAGUCAGGACUCCAGCCUCAACCAGGUGCCUCCAACCAAGAAACCACGCAUAGGGCCUUCAGGCGCUAACUCGGGCGGGCCUGUCAUGCCUUCAGAUUAUCAGCACUCCAGCUCACGCCUGAGUUACCAAAGCAACAUUCAGGGAUCUUCUCAGUCCCAGAGUACAAUGGGCUAUUCCACAUCAUCUCAGCAGAGCUCUCAGUACCAUCAAUCUCAUCAGUCUCACAGGUACUGAGAGGCCUGACAGACUGCACUCAAAGGAAUGGACUAAAAGCCAGAAGACUCCAGCAAUAUGAAGUUCAUAACGACGAGAAGAACCAAAAAUACAAACUAUGAUGCAGAAUUAAUUCAUAAUUACAAAAGGAAAACUUUACUUAUUGAAGACUUUUUUCUUCCCCUCCCCGCCCCCCACCUCAAACUCUGUCCCUUUAUUGCCAUAAAGGAGAUUCUUGUGAAGUUUUCCUUCUUCCCUGCCCUUGCAUGUGUUUCAUUGUGGUUACUCUAAUGAACCCUUCUGAUCUGAACCCAGCACUUAACUUCUUUAACCUUUGGAAUUUUGAAGGAUUCCUGGUGCACCUUCCUUAUGCUGUAGUGAUUGCCAUAAAUCGGUCUUUUCAAAUCUCUUUGGGAUUUUAAAGUUUUAAAAUCUUGAACUCCCAGGCUUUCAAGCUUGUAUAUAGUUAGUUUUAUACUAGGCAAACCAGUUUAGCUAUACAGGUAUAUUGCACCUUUUUAAAGCACUAUCUUAUUUUCACAGGAUAUUACUGUUUUGCUCAUAGAUGUCAAGAACAGCAAAUUUUACUGUUCCAGAGUAUUUUACUAUUCUGUUUUUAUUAGUCUAGUUUUCAGGCGAGGUCUUAAAACUGAAAAAGAAAAGAAAAAAGAAAAGAAAAAAAAGCGAAAAGAAAAAAAAAAGGAAAAAAAAAAAGCAACCCAACUCUCUGCAGCGACAAAUAUGCUUCGAAUAUGCUACUGGACUGAACACCAAACAGAAGAUUGCUGAUAUUUCUCAACUCAUUCACAUUGAAUUCUUGAAAUCACAGUGAUCAUGCUCUGACUGGUUUUAACUUAAGUGUUAUUUUAAAUGAAACCGUGACAGUCACGUAAAAAGGAGAUGCUUUCAGGAUCCAUUGGAACAGAAGAAUGGAAUGUCUUCCCAGGCUGGACACCAAAAUAGUCAGGAAAAUGUAUUUACUGCCCUCAAGUCUCAGUAGGAGUGUGGAUGAUGGGCUUGUUUUUCUGUUAAACAGCUGAUUAAUGUAUAUGAGAGUUCUAUAAAUUAAGCUUCUCUUUCACAUCCCUGAGUCAGUUUCCUAAAUAAAAAGGUAACAGAAAUGCUAAGAUUUACAAAAGCAAACUCAUUUAAUCAUUUUAUGUUGGAAUGAAUAAUUAAGAAAAAUUACUGUGCAGUUUGAAAAGCAUGUUGAAAAUUUGUUCCUUUUUCAUGUUUAUAAUGCAUAUUCUAUUUCCCUCAACAUUGCUGUGAUUAACCCAGAUUAGUUACACCAGAUGCGCUUGAUUGCACUGAAAUGUUUCUUUUUCCCUAGAGCAAACAUGUUUUGAUUGUGCCUAAGGACUGUAAGUGGAUGGGUAGCUGGCAGAAAAGCCAAGUAAAUAAGCAGAGUUCAUAAGCAUAAUCAGAGGAUCAUUGUCCAACUUCUGCAACCGCAGUUAUUCGGAGAGACGCAACAUGUAAUUUGGGGCAGCUUCAUUUUUCCUUCAGCCUUUAGAAAUAGGGCUGAUUCUUGUUUCAGAAAACCUGGAAAAAAAAACCAUUUAACGCGUUUAGAAAGCUACUAGCAGUGUAAGAUCAGCAGGCUCCUAAAAUUGGUUGUCCAGGGAAAAGGUGAAGAAAGAAAGAAGGGUUUAUACGUGAACAGUAAAUGUGCCAGGCGUUUAUACUGCUGAGUGUUCCCUUCUGUCCAGGGACCAUGCAAGAAAUUGUAUAUACCGGUACGCAUUCACACUGAAAUUAGGAUCAGACCUAGCAAGAUUAGCAGAUCUGCUUGCUCUGAGGAGAAUGCUUUUUAUCGUAGCUAGACAAGAGAAAUGCAUUUGUUUCUACUGGGUUUGAUCUCCCAAUCACCUUUAGUGCCCACGCCCCCCUCAAAAAUGUGUUGUUUUCAUGCCUUUUGUGAGCGGUUGGUUUGGUUUGGCCGCGUUCGCCAUCAUGUGGUUUUUGACAAGACCCAGCUUCUCUGGAAAAGUGGCUAAAAUCUGCUUUUUAUCAUCAAGUGGGUGAGAAGCUAGUGAAAAUGAAAAGAAGCAAUUUGAAGGGAAAAAAGUCACAAAUUAUGUCUAGGGCAAAAUAAUCUCCCAAAGGGUACUUUUCUUGUGUUGUACCCUACCCUGGUAGCCUGUUUGCAGGAAUGGAUUUUAAUUGCUUCUUUAUUUUAUUUCAGUGAAUCUGGGGUUACAUUCUCUCCCUAAAUGGAAUUUUCCACCUCUUACUGAUGUUAGGAAAAGGUACCGUUCAGCUAACAGAGACUUGGCCAACGCCAUAAAAUCAACCGUUUGUUGAUAUUCUUGCGAUUUGACUUUCUCUUUUCUGGAAAUUAACCUUUGGCAGAGUGAUUCUUGUCCCCUCCUGUGCUUUUCACCCUUCCGUUCUCUCAAAAUCCCCUCGUCUUUUCCUUUAUAAUUAUCUAACAUUUGUCCCCACCCCGUGCUGCAACCUGUAGCUGUUCAUCAAAAUUCAGGUAACGGCAGGAGGUGGUAGGGAGACCUGUUACCGUACGGUCAAGCUGGGCUCUCGUGCCAAUAAGGCAAAAUCGCGGUGUAGGUUAGUCUGUGUCUAUAGUGUGAAAUUGCACAGCAUUGUAAGAUGCUUUAAUUCAGUGAGCUUCCAGCUUCUAGAGCGACUGCCAGGACCUUUGUCUAAGCUGAAGUGAUAUUUCUGCGUUUGUGAGACCCGAGAGACGUCCCACGCGCCAGCCCUCUCUGGUUUGUGUGCACACGUGCAAAGCCGAGCUGACUUCUCCAUUGCCUGCAAGCUGACAGCUGGAAGGAGAGUAGGUAAAAGCAAAAGCGAUUGCGGUAAAACGUACGCUGUGCACACUCUUCCAGUUGCUUUCUGUCUUCUGGUUGUGAAAUAAUUUGCCUUUUCUUGGGAGCUGUAUGCGUGUGUUCAGGGCGGAUGGCAGUCCUAGUGAAAGAAGCCGUGCUUUUCAGGGGUGCCUUCAUGAGGUAAAAACGCUCUGCUCAAAGUGAGUCACAUAGUGUAUUGUGGGAAGCCAGGACCACAUCGUCUUUAUAUUAUUUUUGCGUCUGUGCAGUUUUGUUAGUAUUCGUAGCUUUGUCUUUGCCCUUGAUACCCUCACCAAAGUGUUUCACGCUGGUACCGAGAGAGGCAAGCGCCGCCGCCGGAGUCGUUUGCUCCUUCCCGUCGGCGCCGUGGCAGAGCGGGCCCGUUUUUUUUAGCUCGGGGGAAAGAGAUGAGCGAGGAAUGGGAUUAGCAGCCUAGUCCGCGUUGGUGAAGUUUAUGUAGCGCAAACUGCACAAGGAAGGAAAACGGAAGGGGAAGCUGCGAGUCCUGCACUGUAUCUGUGACACUGUAUCUGGGGGAGGGGGGGAAGCGCAUUCGUAGAGGGAGGGGUGGAGGGACGCUAGAAGGGUUCAAAUAUGUAUAAUAUUUUAUAUAAACAUAAUAAGCUUAGUUCCCCUUCAUAAUCUUCAGGAAUGGUACUUUAACACCAUUAAGCAAAGAACUGCUUUAGGAUUAAAUAAAGGUAUUGUACAUAAGGCCAUACGUAAUCUUCUAAAAAUGUCGCCGGACAGGAGCGAUGUGUAUUACUAUAUGAAAAAAAAGUCCUUAAUGCACUGUUAUCUCCUAAAUAUUUAGUAGUAAAUUAAUACUAUUUAAUUUUUUUAAAAAUUUGUCUUGUGUAGACACUAAAAAGUAUUACACAAAAUGUGGACAGAACAUGUCCUUUUUAACAGCAAUUUAAAGAACUUUUUAUAUAUGUAAGGUAGUAUACUUUUCAAAUUGUUCUAGUUGUAUUUUCCCAUGUUUACUAUUUGUGGAAGUGUGCCUGUCUCUCUUCAGUUAUUUUUUUCCUAAUAAUUUCAGGCACGCAUCUUUCAUUUUUGUAGUUUUCAUUAGAAAUUGUUGUGUAUGCGCCUCAUGCUGCCACAAAACUUUGCCGCUUUAGAUCUGUGGUGGCCACGUUCAGCAGUGCCCAUGCCGAUGGGGUAGCAAAACCACAAAGCAAAAUAUUUGUUUCUCAUUCUAGAGUUAAGAGUUUACUGCUUUUAAGUUGUCCUGACGUCACUCUUGAAAUGACUGUUAAAACUAAACUAUGAGUUCAUUGCAUUUAUUUUAUAUUCUUGGUUGUAAUGAAAUGGAAUUGACUUUGCUUCAGUGUGAAUUUUUUUAAUAAAAUAAUAUACAUUUGUAAUAAUAAUAAAAAGUUCAAAUCAAA